UAAAAACUGAAGAAAUAAAAAAGGUCUUGUGAUCAGCUGAGUGCAACCUCUUCCCUUUGUUAUCUAGCCUUUCAUCUGUUCACAUUUCAUUUAGUGAGUUUCUCUAGGCUACAAAAUGGAUAGCAUCAUCUAUAUGGAUCCUGUCUUGUACAACGCUGCACAAGAAGGCAAUAUCGAUCCCUUUGAGAAUUGUCAAACCUGCCUUGAUCAGCUAUUGACUCCAGACGAGAACACCAUUCUUCAUGUCUACUUAACAAACCAAAGCAGUAAAACCGUACCCACUGAUUUUGUUAAUAGAAUUCUUGAAAGGUGUCCACCUCUGUUAUUCCAAGCCAAUAAGAGAGGAGAAAGCCCCCUCCAUUUGGCAGCAAGAAAUGGCCAUUCCAACGUGGUAGAAGUCCUCAUUGACCGUGCAAAAGCUCUACCUGCAGAUACGGAGAGCAGAGUAACAGAAGCUAAAAUGAUGUUGAGGAUGACGAAUGAAGAGAAAGAUACAGCGUUGCAUGUGGCAGCUCGAAAUAUCCAAGCCCAAGUGGUGAAAAUAUUGACAAAAGAGGACCCUGAGUUUCCAUAUUCCGCCAAUGUUCAUGGAGAAACUCCACUUUAUAUUGCUGCUUCCAUUAUCACGAGGAGGAGGGAAGAACGAGGAAAGGUGAUCGAUGAAAUCCUUACUAAUUGCAUUUCAGUGGACUAUGGCGGCCCUAAUGGUAGAACUGCUCUACAUGCGGCAAGCAAGAUGGGAGAUGAUGAGACAGCAAGAAAAUUGUUAGAAAAAGAAGAAAAGUUGACGAAAACAACCGAUGACAACGGCUGGUCACCACUUCACUACGCUGCCUAUUGUGACUGGUCUAGUGCUCGUGUAGUGGAAGUAUUACUAGAAUGUGAUGCGUCCGCGGCCUACAUUGCUGAAACAGAGAAGAAGAGAACAGCACUUCACAUUGCUGCCAUUCGAGGACGUGUAGAUGCAAUGAAAGAGAUUGUUUCUCUUUGCCCAGCAUGUUGUGAGCUAGUUGAUAACAGAGGCUGGAAUGCCCUUCACUAUGCUGUGGCAAGUAAAGAUAGAAAAGUAUUCGAGGAAUGUCUGAGGAUUCCUGAACUUGCAAGACUUAAAACCGAGAAGGAUGACAAAGGAAACACGCCCUUCCAUCUAAUUGCUGCUUUAGCGCACGAGAAUAAGCAUUGGAGAGGUGUUUUCGAUUACAGGGAGAUAUAUGGUCUUAAUAAGCGAAAGCUAAGCGUCAACGACAUUGAUGAAGGAGAUUAUGGAGAGAUACAGAAAGAGAUCCUAGAAUCCCUUGAAGAUGUUGGCAGUCGACCGCUUGGCCGCCAGCGCAAGGUUUUGGGAAGAGGGAAUGAGGAGAGAAACAAAGAGAAAGAGGAUGCUAUGAGUAAAGCAAGGGAGUCUCAUCUAGUUGUUGCGGCGUUGAUAACAACGGUAACAUUUGCUGCAGCAUUCACCCUUCCUGGCGGUUACAAGAGCGACCGAGGCAAUGCAAUUCUAGCUAAAAAAGCUGCUUUUAUAAUAUUUAUCAUAUCAGAUGCAAUGUUAAUGGUGCUCUCUAUUUGUGCUAUCUUCAUCCACUUUUAUAUGGCGUCUUUUCAAGGUUUAGAAAUGAUAGAUAAGGUAACCACUACGAAACUAUUGAGUUAUGCCAUGAUGUUUACCAGGAUAAGCAUGGGGACAAUGGUUACCGCAUUCAUCAUGGGCAUAUAUGCAGUUCUAGAACCUUUCUCGGGGUCUGCUAUCAGCGUUUAUGUCAUUGGUUUGGGCUGCCUCUUCUUCUUUAUAUAUUUCAUGUAUAGGAUAUUUUACGAGGUGAGAUUUAGUAGUGAAACAAUCGAUUCUAAAUUUUCUAUCAAAUAAAACUCUGAUGUAUUUUUUUUAAAUUCUUAUUGUUUUUUAAAAGAAUUUGUAAUGUCAUAUGUUCAGAAA